CUUCCGUCUCACGUUGAUUUCACGUUUAUGAAUGAUGUUUAGAAACUACAUGUGUGUGUCUCAAAAUUAAGAAGUAACUCCGCAACCUAACUUCUUUGCUGGGUCUGAAAACAUGGAGAAAGAUUCUCGUGUAAAGAAAAUAGCUGCACCUUCUGUGUCCCAAAUCAACGCCGAAUAUGUCACACAGCUGGCUAACAAAUAUUGGGCACCCCUUGUUAAGAAAAAAUUACCUUUCGACCCUAAGGUAAUAGAGGACAUAUAUCAGAAUGAGAUUCAGAAAUCAAAGUUUGCUAUAAGGAAAAUCAUGUUGCUGGAAUUCAGUCAGUACUUGGAGAAUUACCUUUGGGUGAACUACACACCUGAAGUGUCUAGCAACGCCUACCUCAUGUCAAUCUGCUGCAUAGUCAAUGAGAAAUUUCGUGAGAACGUGCCGGCAUGGGAGGUGUUUAAAAAAGAGCCCAAGCACUUCCCCUUCUUCGUAAAGUGUGUGAUGGAGGCCUCGCUAGCGGGCAGGGAAAAGGGCUUGUCUUUACGGGAACAGACCGUGCUCCUGCUCUUCCUUGACCACUGCUUCAACAGCCUGGAGGUGGAUCUGAUUCGUGAGCAGGUGCAGCAGCUCAUAUCUCUGCCCAUGUGGAUGUGCCUACUACCGUCCAGACUGCAGCAGGAGAUGAAGAAAGUUCCCAAGCUAAAGAAGUUCUGGAACCUCAUCAAAAAGAACUACGAGAAGCUGGACCCAAAGAGUUCUGAGCAAGCCAAAAUGGAGAGAACGUUCCUGUCGGAGCUCAUCAAGAAGUUUCUCCAGGUGCUGACGUCCAUCCCAGCGUCAGGAGCUGUUUCCAUGGAGGCCGUGCAUUACUGUGAGCGAUUCAUUGAGCUCAUGAUCGACCUGGAGGCUCUCCUGCCGACCCGUCGCUGGUUUAACACGGUCCUGGACGACUCCCACCUGGUGGUGAGCUGCCACCUGUCUCCUCUGAGUCAGAGAGAGAAGGAGGGACACCUCUUCUGUCAGCUGCUUGACAUGCUGAAGUUCUACACAGGCUUUGAGAUAAACGAUCAGACGGGCAACGCUCUCACAGCCAAAGAGAUGACAACCCUUCACUACGACAGGAUCACGUCUCUGCAGAGAGCGGCUUUCGCCCACUUUCCUGAGCUGCAGGACUUCGCCCUGUCCAACGUGGCCGCGGUGGACACACGGGAGUCCCUCACCAAGCAGUUCGGCCACCUCAGUCCCAACACUCUCCACCGGGUGGCGUCGUACCUGUGUCUGCUCCCAGAGCUGGCAGAAGGGGAAGACACCACCCACGAUAAGGAGGUCCUGCUGGAGCUUCUGGUGUCGCGCCACGAGCGGAGGAUCUCCCAGAUUGAGCAGCUCAACCAGAUGCCCUUGUACCCGACGGAGAAGAUUAUCUGGGAUGAGAACAUCGUACCCACUGAGUACUACUCUGGGGAAGGUUGCUUAGCUCUGCCGAAGCUGAACCUGCAGUUCCUGACUCUCCAUGACUACCUGCUACGGAACUUCAACCUGUUCCGCCUGGAGUCCACUUACGAGAUCAGACAGGACAUCGAGGACGUGGUGUCCAGGAUGAAGCCAUGGCAGUCCGAGUAUGGCGGUGUGGUAUUUGGCGGCUGGGCUCGUAUGGCGCAGACCAUCAUGUCGUUCUCCAUCGUAGAGGUGGCCAAGCCCAACAUCGGCGAGAACUGGCCUGCACGCGUCCGCGCCGACAUCACGAUCAACCUCAACGUGCGUGACCAAAUCAAGAACGAGUGGGAGGGCCUGCGUAAGCACGACGUGUGCUUCCUGGUGACUGUGCGGCCCAUGCUGCCGUACGGCACACGCUUCGACCGGCGCCAGCCGUUCGUGGACCAGGUGGGCCUGGUGUAUGUGCGUGGCUGCGAGGUGCAGGGCAUGCUAGACGACAAGGGCCGCGUCAUCGAGGAAGGUCCGGACCCGAAGCCCAAGCUGAGGGGAGACACCAGAACGUUCCGUGUUUGGCUGGACCCAAACCAGUACCAGCAGGAUAUGACCCACAGCAUCCAGACUGGGGCGGAGGACCCGUACGAGACCUUCAACAUCAUCAUGCGACGCAAGCCCAAGGAGAACAACUUCAAGGCUGUGCUGGAGACCAUCCGGAACCUGAUGAACACCGAGUGCGUUGUCCCUGACUGGCUCCACGACAUCAUCCUUGGUUACGGCGACCAAGGCAGCGCCCACUACUCCAAGAUGCCCAAUCAGAUCCCCACGCUAGACUUCAAUGACACCUUCCUGUCCCUGGACCACCUCAAAGCCUGUUUCCCUGAACACCAGGUCAAGGUCACGGUGGAUGACCCAGCUCUUCAGGUUCCGCCCUUCAGAAUCACGUUCCCGGAAAGCAAGAGGUCACAGGAAGUGAAGGGGAAGAAGAGGAAGGCCGAUCAGGAUGAGAGUGAGGAAGAGGAGCGGAGGAAGGACGAAGAUCAGACUCUGCUGGUGGAACCUCAUGUCAUCCCCAACCGUGGACCUUACCCCUAUAACCAGCCCAAACGGAACACCAUCCCCUUCACACCCACACAGAUCGAGGCCAUCCGAGCCGGCAUGCAGCCUGGACUCACCAUGGUGGUUGGGCCUCCAGGUACAGGAAAGACUGACGUCGCUGUGCAGAUCAUCUCCAACAUCUACCACAACUUCCCAGAGCAGAGGACCCUGAUAGUGACCCACUCCAAUCAGGCGCUGAACCAGCUGUUUGAGAAGAUCAUGGCUCUGGACAUCGAUGAGCGCCACCUCCUGCGUAUGGGCCAUGGAGAGGAAUCGCUGGAGACUGAGAAGGAUUUCAGCAGGUACGGACGUGUGAACUACGUGUUGGCGCGGCGUCUGGAGCUGCUGAGGGAGGUGGCGCGUCUGCAGGAGAGUUUAGACGUGCCGGGAGACGUCAGCUACACCUGUGAGACUGCCGGACACUUCUUCCUCUACCAGGUGAUCUCUCGCUGGGAGGAGUACAUGAGUAAGGUGAAGCCUAAAGCAGGCCGCCCGGUCAGUGCGGAGGCUGUGUCCAGUCUCUUCCCGUUCCCCAAGUACUUCCAGAACGCUCCGCAGCCGCUGUUCCGCGGCCAGUCCUACGACGAGGACAUGGACAUCGCAGAGGGCUGCUUCAGGCACAUCAAGAAGAUCUUCACACAGCUGGAGGAGUUCCGAGCCUUCGAGCUGCUGCGCAGUGGUCUGGACCGGUCCAAGUACCUGCUGGUGAAGGAGGCCAAGAUCAUCGCCAUGACCUGCACACACGCUGCGCUCAAGCGGCACGACCUGGUAGAGCUGGGCUUCAAGUAUGACAACAUCCUGAUGGAGGAGUCCGCUCAGAUCCUGGAGAUUGAGACGUUCAUCCCUCUGCUCCUGCAGAACCCUGAGGAUGGCUACAGUCGCCUGAAGCGCUGGAUCAUGAUCGGGGACCACCACCAGCUGCCCCCGGUCAUCAAGAACAUGGCCUUCCAGAAGUACUCCAACAUGGAGCAGUCGCUCUUCACUCGCUUCGUCCGCCUGGGCGUGCCCACCGUCGACCUGGAUGCCCAGGGACGAGCCCGCGCCAGUCUGUGUAACCUGUACAACUGGCGCUACAAGCACCUGGGCAACCUGCCCCACGUCCAGCAGCAGCCGGAGUUCCAGAUGCCCAACCCCGGCCUCACCUACGACUUCCAGCUGAUCAACGUGGAGGACUUCAACGGCGUGGGCGAGUCCGAACCCAACCCCUACUUCUACCAGAACCUGGCGGAGGCGGAGUAUGCUGUGGCGCUCUUCAUGUACAUGAGGCUGCUCGGUUACCCGGCCGACAGGAUCAGCAUCCUCACCACCUACAACGGCCAGAAGCAUCUCAUCCGAGACGUGGUCAACCAGCGCUGCGCCAGAAACCCCUUCUUCGGACAACCCAACAAGGUGACCACAGUGGACCGGUUCCAGGGUCAACAGAACGACUACAUCAUCCUCUCACUGGUGCGCACCAAAGCUGUGGGACACUUGAGGGAUGUGCGGCGUCUGGUGGUGGCCAUGUCUCGAGCCCGUCUGGGUCUCUACAUCUUCGCCCGAGUGUCUCUGUUCCAGAACUGCUUCGAGCUGACGCCAGCCUUCAACCAGCUCACAGCCAGACCCAUGCAGCUGCACAUUCGCCCUAAUGAGUACUUCACUGAGCCGACUGGAGAUCGCUCUUCUCAGCCCGACCAAGCGAUCAAGAACAUGCCGGAAAUGGCCAACCUGGUGUACAACAUGUACUUACACAUGAUGCAGCGCACCCAGCAGUACAGACAGCAGCAGCAGCAGUUGCUGCCUCCUCCUCGUCAGGUGCGGGAGACGGUGGCAGAACCAGCAUCCCGAGGCCGGGCGGAGGCAACCAUGAAGCCAGCCAGACCCAGCCAUGGGGCCGGGCGGACCAGCCCGGUGCCUGGGCAACAAAUCAACAACCCGCGGUCAGAACUUUCAGAGGAGGCACCCCAGAUGCCAGAACACCCUGGCCGAGACAGCGACAGCGAGUACAGUGAAGAGGACGAGGAGUAGACACACACACACACACACACACACUGACACACACCCCAACCUGGCUGACAACAAACAGGACAAGGAAUAGCCACAUGCACAUGCCAUGACCAAGAAUCUUCCCGCCACAGCCAGUGAUUUGCUUCUUUCUGGCUGAGUUGCUUCUUUCUUGCUGAUUUGCUUUAGUUUUCUCUACUCGGGAUUGGGAUCGGGAACUCACAGAAGAUUUGUUUUCUACUGUUUGUAACAUGUCCUUUUUUUAAUAAAGAUAUAAAAUUAGA